GUCGUAGCAUAUGCAAGACAGCUACGCACGGUGCCCCGGCAGAAAUCCCUUGGCCAGCUGGGCACAUACACUCUAUUAACGCAACAUACGCAAAUAUGGGACACUAGCCGGGUACCGGUACUCUUCAACAGGGGGAUUCUCCUAAUAUGGGUGCGAUGGCGGCCUCAGAGCACAGGACCCGUCCCAGGGAAAAGAGUCUUCAAACGCGGCAGCUGCGGAGCGCCUUCACGCCGCUGGUACUCCUUGCCCUGGCUUACAUGCCGUCCAUAUUAGGAGCUCCAACCCUUGCCGGAUACUUCGGCAACCUAAAUGGAACUGUAACGCCCUUAAUGUGCAAUAUCCGUAAUAACGGCGCUUACGUCGUGCAAUUUUUGGGGACAUACGGGGACGUGGUCAACAGCCUCAGCGUCAGUUGCUCAGAUGGCAACUUUUUCGACGCCGGCGAUCCCUUCGGCCUGCGGACCUUCUCCUUGUACGACAGCGCCGGCUUUGUUGGCGUCCGCGCCGACAGCCUCAACCCCGACCCCACGCGCCUGGGUUUCCGCAACUCGACCCGCGUGUGGCUGGGAGGGCCGUCCAAACUGCCCAUCGGCAACAACACAGUGACCGGAGCGGAGCUGCGUGUGGUGUCAUGCCCAACCGCACAAAUCAUUGCUGGACUGAACGUGGUCAUCGGCAAGCCCCUCUCCACCAACACCACCCGCUCAGCAGUCGUGCGAAUCGACGUGUACUGCAUGCCCUCAUCCAGCGCGGCACCUGUGGUACCCAGACCGCCGCCGCCGCCACCCUAUAUCUCACCCUCCCUGCCGCCGCCACCGCCGCCUCCGCCACCGCCGCCCAACCCUUCUCCACCUGAACCCAUCACCGAGCCUCCCUCGCCGCCGCCGCCACCCCCGCCGCCACCACCACCUCCAGAGCCGCCGCCGCCAAAUCCUCCUCCUCGGCCGCCGCCGCCGUCUCCUCGGCCGCCGCCGAACCCGCGUCCCUUACCUCCCAGUCCGCGCCCGAAUCCGCCGCCGCGGCCGCGGCCGCCGCCGCCAAAAGCCCCCAAGGAGCCGCCGCCACCCAGGAUUCCUCCUCCGCCGCCGCCCCCACGCACCCCGCCUCGGAGCCCUAAGAACCCCCCCGGCAUCCCAUCCGAGCCGCUCAGGCCGCCCAUGCAGCUGUCCGUGUCGCCGCCGCCGACGCUGCCCUUGAGUCCGCCGCCUCCACCGCCCCCUCUGUCGCGUCCGCCACCGUCACUUCCAUCGCCGUCACCACCACCGCCUCCAUCACAACCGCCUCCGCCACCUCCGCCGCCGUCACCACCACCGCCGUCGCCACCUCCACCACCCCCGCCGUCACCACCACCUCCAUUACCACCCCCGCCGUCACCGCCGCCGCCGUUAAUGCCAUCACCACCCCCACACUCUAUGCCUCCGCCACUGCUACCACCAUCAUCGCCCUCUCUACCUCCGCCGCCGCCGCCAUCACCACCGUCGCCCUCGCCACCAUCUUUACCCCCACCGCCGCCACCGCCACCACCACCGCCACCAUCCCCGCCGCCGCCACUGCUACCAUCACCUCCGCCGCCAUCUCGAUCCCCACCCGCCUCACCGCCACCGCCACCACCGUCCCCACCGCCGCCAUCCCCACCCUCUAUACCGCCUCCACCGCCGCCGUACCCGCCUUCACCCUCGGUACCCCUGCCUCCGCCCUCACCGCCACCGCCGCUGUACCCACCUCCACCUUCGCUACCCCUGCCCCCGCCCUCGCAGCCCCCACCCUCACCGCCACCGCCCAAGGUGCCAUUACCCCCGCCGCCCCAGCCCUCCGGUCCAUCUUCCCCAUUGGUUCCCAAGCCCCCUCCUAAACCCAAGUCACCCCCGCCCCACCCCAAAUCGCCGCCGCCCCAUCCCAAAUCGCCCCCACCCCAUCCCAAAUCGCCGCCGCCCCACCCCAAAUCACCCCCGCCCCAUCCAAAGUCGCCUCCACCCCACCCCAAAUCACCCCCACCCAAGCCUAAGCCGCCCCCGCCCAAGAACCGCCCGCCGCCAGCCUUCCGUUGGAUGCGGGUGCGCAUCAACUGGCCGUGAGAGUGUGGGAAGGCGAGCUUACUAGAGCGUUCGAGCGCAAUUCUGUGGUGAUCUGGGUCGUCCUCCUUUGCCUCCAUGGGUGUGCAAGGCAGGGCAAGGUGUAAAGGUUCAUUCAUCAGUUAUGCAUUCUUGUGCGUCAUCGCUCUUUCACGCGCUUGUUCGUGGAUGCCCCUUGACGAGGGGCGUCCACUUGCGCGGGGUCCAUGUGUUAAACUGUUUAAUGCAGAGUUGGGUAAAUGAUACAUGCAUGUGGAGGGAGUGCAAGAGUGAUGCUGGUGGUAGUGCUUGGCAGCGACCCCCAACCGUUGGCGCCAAGACGUCUUUGGGAAUCAGCGCGCGCGUUAUAGUUGUUGGUUGAUAUGCCCCUGCUCGAUUGGUACAGAUGCAGUACACGUGUUUGGCUGGAUUCGGCGGGAUGUCUCUCUUUCUUUGUUAAACAGUGCCCGCAGCGCCCGUACCAAUCGCAAUGUGACCUUCGCCAUUGCGCGCCUGGGUUGAUGUGUGUUAUGCGACACUCCUGCGAAAUGCGUGUGCGCUUUAUUGCCGUUGCCGUACAAACCGCAGCAGGGUUUGAUUGAUAGCAUGGAGGCUUCGCGACACUGAGAGGUCUCUCUUUGGGUGGGGGAGGCGUUUGUUUCACAAUUGGGGAUACCCACCGUUUAAAGUCCGUAACCGGACUGUGGAGAGGUGCCCCCAGUCUGCAGUUCCAUGUCGUUGCCUUGCGCCGGUACAUGUACAUGUAUCAUGCGGUUGUUGUUGCGGUUGUACGACACUGAAGCACCCACCAUGUCAGGUGGAGAUCUAUGGUGUCAACAAUACGUGUUAACAAUACGUUUGGCACAGAUAUACGCAGUGCUGAAAGCGUUGCCGGUGCUGUUGUUUCAUGAAUAUAGGGAUCAUUAAUCUGCCGUACGCGCUUUUGACGCCGCAAUUCGCAUGCAGCCCCUUUCAGGGCCACACGCACACGCGCUCCCGCAUAUUGUGUGGCUCCUGUCCCGCCGCAAGCAGACUGACCUUUUUGGGGCAUAGUCAGUCUGCCCCGCUCCCCGCCCCUGUCGGCCCCACCUCGGGGCAGCGCAUGUAGGGUAACGCAUAGGCGUGGUCCCACCUAGAUCCGCCUACCGUUAGCUGGAUUGGAAGCCGGGUCGGGCUCUGAUGUGAAGGGCCUUGUCGUGCCGGCUUAAGAGUAGCUGUAGUAGUUGUUAAUCGUUGUUGUUGUUGGAGAGAGGACGAUGAUCAAAUUGUCUCGGAUGCGGGCAUCGUCCAUGUAACGUAUACACGAUACUUUAGAACUUGACGGAACGUGCGGCAG